GUGAGCGUGAGUGGUGGUGGCGGAGGUGCGAGUGGCGCGGAGUUUCAAACUGUUUCUGUCCCUGUUUUUCGGACUUUCUGACUGUGUCUAGAGAGUAAUGUUACCGUGGAGGAGGUGCUGUUGGCGGUUGGUGAACAGGUCCGCGCCCCCGAGGACAAGCCGCGCUCCUCUGCACCCCACCCGGCUGCGCGCUGUGUCUGAUGUGUGUGAUGAGUGACCGCGGGGAGGCGGAGCCCGAGUGCGUGUAUAUGUGUGCAGUUUGGAGAGCGAGAGAGAGAGAGAGAGAGAGAGAGAGAGAGGGGGGACAGUUUUCUCUCCCACUCUUUCACUCUAACAUCAGAUACUAUGCUUAUCGCUUCGAGUGGCUGCCACUAGAACACAAGGGCAGCUGAACCCCCACGACCCCAUGAGUUUGGUUUGGCCUGCCAGUGAGUAGGAGUUCUACCUGAAUCAAGAGUUGAAGAAGAAGAAGCACCCGAGACUAGUGGUGAGCUAGUCGCACCCCCGUCAGCUCUACGCAGCAACUCCCCCUCCCUCUUCCUCAGCCUAAUCCCAUCAUCCUCUGCCUCACCUUUUCCUCCCGCCUCUUGUGGGGACCACCCGCCGCCAUGUCUGUCUUGGCCUGUCCCGCCCCCUCCCUCCUCCUCCUCCUCCUCCUCUUCCUCCUCCCACUGCCUCCCUGCCAGCCGGAGUCCCAGCGCAUCGACUCCAGCAGCGAUGCCGCGUUCCCAGCGGUCUCGCCCUCCAUGUUCCCCUCCUCCUAUCCUCCUUCCAUGUCUUACGGUAACAGCACCACGCCUGAGAAAAAAGAGAAGUGUGGGGAAGUGGCGAUGUGCAAGCCCGGCAUCCUGCUGCCCAUCUGGGAGCCCAACCGGCCCGGGCUCGGCCAACAGGUGGCCAGAGCUGUGGUCUACUUUGCGUCACUCAUGUACAUGUUCCUGGGAGUGUCCAUCAUCGCAGACCGCUUCAUGGCGUCCAUAGAGGUCAUCACUUCACAGGAGAAGGAGGUGACCAUCACCAUGCCUAACGGGGAAACAUCAGUGGCGACGGUUCGAAUCUGGAACGAAACAGUGUCCAAUCUGACUCUCAUGGCUCUUGGCUCCAGCGCUCCGGAGAUACUGCUGUCUGUUAUAGAGGUAUGCGGUCACGGCUUCCAUGCUGGUGACUUGGGACCAGGAACCAUCGUCGGCAGCGCCGCCUUCAACAUGUUUGUGAUCAUCGGGAUCUGCGUGUGGACGAUCCCCAACGGGCAGACCCGCAAAAUCAAACACCUCAGGGUGUUCUUCAUCACCGCCUUCUGGAGCAUCUUCGCCUACAUCUGGCUCUACCUCAUCCUGUCUGUCAUCACGCCAGGCGUCGUGGAGGUAUGGGAGGCUAUGGUGACCCUGCUGUACUUCCCUGUGUGUGUCAUCCUGGCUUGGAUCGCCGACCGCCGCCUACUCUUUUACAAGUACAUGGGCAAGCGCUACCGCGCCGACAAGCGCCACGGCAUCGUCGUGGAGACUGAGGGAGACUUGACACCUAACAAGGGCGGCAUGGAGAUGAUCAUAGACGGCAAGUUCCCAACACGAGGGGGCACCGUGCUUCCCGCCGAGAACUGUGGGGGCGUAACUCAGGACGGCACAGCGGGCGCUGCAUCCAACAACAUCGGUGCGGGGGCCAACCUGCCCAACUCCAACAGCGCCAUGGUCAACGUGGAGAGCAGCAGGGAACUGGACGAGAGCCGCAAAGAGGUGAUUCGUAUCAUAAAGGAGCUGAAACAGAAAUAUCCCGACAAAGAGCUGGACCAGCUGGUGGAGCUGGCCAACUACUACGCACUGCUGCACCAACAGAAAAGCAGAGCCUUCUACCGCAUACAGGCGACUCGUAUGAUGAUUGGAGCUGGAAACGUCCUGAAGAAGCAUGCAGCCGACAACGCUCGCCGCACAGCCGUAACCGACGAGGAAGCACCAGAAGAUGAAGACCUGGGGAUAUGCAGCCGCAUCUCAUUUGAAAGUGCCCACAGUCAGUGCAUGGAGAACUGUGGCUUUGUGACACUGGCUGUAGUCUGCCAAGGGGGUCUGGGAGAGAACACCUUCUACGUGGACUACAGGACAGAGGACGGUUCAGCCAACGCUGGGUCGGAUUACGAGUACUGUGAAGGAACACUGGUGUUCAAACCUGGAGACACUCGCAGAGACAUUAAGGUCGGUAUAAUCGACGACGACAUAUUCGAAGAGGACGAGCACUUCUUUGUGCGCCUGCUGAAUUUGCGCAUUGGCGACGCAGAAGGCAUGUUCGAGAGCGACGAAGUGGGUUCUGCCCCCAAAGCUCGCUUGGUUGAGCCCCUGGUAGCUAUGGUGACCAUCCUGGAUGACGACCACGCUGGCAUCUUCACGUUCAGCGAGCGCAUGGUGCGGGUGAGCGAGAGCGUGGGCACAAUGGAGGUGACGGUGGUGCGCAACUCAGGUGCCCGCGGCACCGUCAUCCUGCCGUACUACACCGAGUCAGGCACCGCCAAGGCCGGGGAGGACUACGAAGAGGCUAGAGGAGAGCUGGAGUUCACCAACGAUCAGACCACUCAGACUUUCCAGGUCAGGAUAAUUGAUGAUGAGGAAUAUGAAAAACAUGAAAACUUCUUCAUUGUGUUGGAGGAGCCACGCUGGCUUAAGAGAGGAAUCUCAGCUCUGCUGCUCAACCAAGAGGGGGCGGAGGGACAGAUGAGUGCCGAGGAGGAGGAGGCUCGCAAGAUAGCUGAGAUGGGGAAGCCAAUCCUGGGAGAGCACAGCCGCCUCGAGGUGGUCAUCGAGGAGUCGUACGAAUUCAAGAGCACCGUUGACAAGCUCAUUAAGAAGACCAACUUGGCCCUGGUGAUUGGCACACACUCCUGGAGGGAGCAGUUUGUGGAGGCAGUAACUGUCAGCGCAGGCGACGGCGACGAUGACGAGGAGGGUCGCGAAGAGCGCCUACCAUCUUGUUACGACUACGUCAUGCAUUUCGUCACCGUCUUCUGGAAGGUUCUGUUCGCCUGCGUCCCGCCCACAGAGUACUGGAACGGCUGGGCCUGCUUCUUAGUCUCCAUCUGCGUCAUCGGCCUCCUCACCGCAUUCAUCGGAGAUUUGGCGUCACAUUUCGGCUGCACCGUCGGGCUCCGGGACACCGUGACGGCCGUGGUGUUUGUGGCAUUGGGAACUUCUAUUCCAGACACCUUUGCUAGCAAAGUGGCCGCCAUGCAGGACCAGCACGCCGAUGCGUCCAUUGGUAACGUCACCGGUAGCAACGCUGUCAACGUUUUCCUCGGGAUCGGCGUGGCGUGGUCGGUGGCCUCCAUCUACUGGAAAAUCAAAGGGAAGGAGUUCAAGGUGGACCCGGGGUCGCUGGCCUUCUCCGUCACACUCUUCACCAUCUUCGCUUUCAUCUGCAUGGGCGUGCUGAUGUUCAGGCGCCGGCCCUCCAUCGGCGGAGAGCUCGGCGGCCCGAGGGGGGCCCGCCUCGUCACCAGCCUGCUGUUCCUGGGCCUGUGGUUCCUCUACAUCCUCUUCUCCAGCCUGGAGGCUUACUGCCACAUCAGCGGCUUUUAAACAGGAGAUGGAGAAAGCUCUGGAAGAAUAUUCCACAGCAACACACACACACACACACACACACACACACACACACACACACACACACACACACACACACACACACACAGACACACAGACACACAUAUACUUUAACACCCAGUCCAUACAGUUCACAGUUUGACAUGAAACAAGUGUAAGAUUCAUCUGUUUUGAUAGAGCUUGGAAGGGUCCUGGUCUUUGAUGCAGGGACACUAAAACACUUCAGAUAAAUGUUCACACACACACACACACACACACACUCUCUAUGUACGCAUGUGUAAACAGAUCAUAACAAACAUUUACAGGCACGAUGAAGGGCAAGAAGAAGUGUUAGCGAGGGGCGAGAGAUGUGAAUGCGAAAGGUUACCACAGCAAAGUUGGCAGAGAGAAGACGGAGAGAAAAAGAGAGUGAUUGUGAGGUUGGAUAUUUUAGAGGUAUAAAGAAAGUCAGGUCCAGCCACUGGAGUGCAGUCUUAUUAAUCGUAAAGCCAGAUGGGUUUAGGUUGGAGCCUAGGAAUAGAGAAGAGGAACAGAAACCUGUGCACACCAGACUAAAUGUAUAUCACUGAAGAAACUUUAGUUUCCUACAACAAAAACCUGUGCUGAACACCUCUCCUCUGUAUUACUGUCUUUACUGGUACAGCUACACUGUACCGGUGUGAGGGGGUGGAGCGUUGUGUGAAGGAAAAAAAAAAAAGGAGUGGAAUGUUUACAAUAACAAUAUCAUUACGUUUGUUUACUACAGGAAUAAAUAGUUAAAACCAGUGUACUGUACAUAGAGUGUAGUGUUUUCAGUAGGCAGACAAUGCCUACCACUGACGAAGUUAGAGAGGGUGGCAAUACGUAGCUACCAUUCUGUAUAGAGAGUCAAAUUACAUCUCUGCUUCGAUGUUUUUAAAAAAUCCACGCGCAGACUGGAACGCUGCCCACAGAUCACAAACAUUAGUGAAGACAGCUCAACGAGCGUGGGUCGAUUUUUGGCUACAAACUAUUAGAAUGUCUUAGCUGACCAAACGAAUGAUAAACUGGUGAGAUAAAAGUUUAUGAAAAGCCAUACGUCCCUAUUAUCCUGCGUUCCCGUCAGAUGUGUCUUUUUACCAGAAGGUUUCCAUGGUACCCAUAGGCUCUCUCUGACAGUAUAUCAAAUUGAGAGAUUUUUAUUUAUUUUUUUGCAUGCAUGCAUAGCCAGAUAUUGAACAUCUUCACCCAGUGAGUCACAAAUAUACUUUGUGAAAUGGAAUAAUCAGAAUCCGCCUGUAAAUGACAUCCCUGAGUUUGUGUAGGCCGACGGGGAAGAGGUGAGGUGUUUGAUCUGAGAGGAACAAAAAGGACAUUUUCCUCCUCAGAAGGACCAAAUAUGUUCACACACACACACAAACACACAUUCGCUGUGUGGAGUGUAAUCAAAACACACGUGGAAACGUUGUUCAAAGCUUUUUUCUCCAUCCAGAUGGACUGAGAUCUGAGACGCUGAACUGCAGUCAGUCAUCACCGUGGCAUCGUGGGUAGUAACAGAGUAAUCCAUUACUGUGGCAUGUAUCCUGACAGACUAAUCCUUUACCUUUUAGCGACAGCAGCACGGUCAGACAAACAUGCAUGGGUCAUCGAACAAGACUUAACAGUGUUAGUUUACUAUCAAGAGUAAAGCCAGUGAAUUACAAUGAGUCCUUUUAAAAACUGAAACAACGGAUUCCGAUCAUCAACGUUCACUCUACAGCAUAUUGAUGAGGACACAAGAUCCUAAUCCGAACUUUAAUUAGGAUGCAGGGUGCUAGUCCGUAUUACACUGAUGCUUCAAGAUGGCACCUAUACAAUGCCUUAAGGAAAACUCUCAAGUAAAAAUCUAGUAUUCAAGCUCCCGGCUGUACAAAGCUGCACUUUAUUUAACGUAACUAAAACAUGCUGUGUUUUUCUUUUUCUUUUAGUCGACAAACUCUCUCUUUCUUGUCCUGUGGAAAGGGAUUGUUGUAAUUCCAUCCCUGCCCAUCCACCUGUGCUUAGAGCACAAUACGAGCAGCAGACAUUUUAAAGGAAAUACUCUCCGUUGUAUUGGAAGUCUGCACACUGUUAAGAAGAACGAACUAACUAAGGUCUGUCAUCUAACGUUCUUCAGAGUUUGUUUACAGUCUGUAGCUCAACAGCAGACAGCUGACAGUCGGCCUCAUCAGAGGUGCAAAUCAAAGACAGUUUCUAUAGUCUUCGUACCAUAGCAUAGGCAGUUUUCAGUGGGAAACGCUGCCGUUCAAGGCAUGUAUGCGUUGGCUUAGUAUUGCAUGGCAGAGUUGUAACAUACAGUUAAAGUGUUCACACGCUACAGAAACUACUGGCUGCUUAAUAGACAGAAAAAACAACCAGAACGCACAACUAAAAACAGUACACACCAGUGUAAACUGCUGUGGACGUUUCAGGUUUAUUACUUUUAACAUUGAGCUACAUAAAGGUUAGAAGUCAGUGCAUGAAAAACAUGUCACAGCGAAUGUAGCGAGCAGUGUGCCACACCACAGUACGAUGAUAAAGCAGUUAACCAUGAGCUUAGACUAGAAGCUUCAAGAGUCCAGCUUUCCUUUUCUAAAGGAGGAAGAGUUGAUUCAUCAUCCCAGUCAGCGUUAGAAUCACUGUAAUAUUCACCGCCUAAUCUUAGUCACAUUAAAUACAUUGCACUUUGUGCUGCAGGUGCAUAGCAAACAUUCCACCCACAAAUAAUAAGUGCUAUACCAGUGGAAUUUGUUAUUACCGUUAUUACAUGCGAUAAUAUCA